AUGGACACCUCGCUUGGCGCAGCCGUUUGUCGAAUUUGCAUGUGUGGCGAGACAUCGAUUCCGUACAACGGAAAACAAGCCGGCGAACCGCUAAUAUCACCAUGUAAAUGCUCCGGAACUAUGGGUUUAUAUCAUCGAAGUUGUCUCGAACAUUGGCUAACUGUUACGAAUACGAGUAAAUGUGAAAUUUGCAAAUUUCAAUUUAAGCUUGGAGCGUGAGUUUUUCACUGUUUUCAGCCAAUGAAGAAAAAAUUGAAUGUUUUCAGGAGAUCUCGAUCAUUUUUCGAUUAUAUAUGGAAUAAAGGAUAUGGAAAACAUCGAAACCCAUUGAUUGAUUUUGGUUUCGCAAUUAUUAUUACACCAAUAGCUAUUUUCGCUCUAAUGUUAUGUGUUAAAGGCGCACGCCAGGCUGGCAAAAGAUAUCACGCCGCAUUUGAAAAUCGUUUCGAUGCUAAUGACAGAAGUCGAAAUGUUGAGAUAUUGAAUGAAACAUCGAUGGAAUUUGCGCUUUUUGUAUUUAUUUCAGUCAUCAUUUUCUUUUCACUAACAAUUUUUCUUGUUAUAAUGCUUGUAAAUCAUUGGACACAAUUCAAAAAAUGGCAGAAGAAGAAUCGCGUGUUUUUUGUCAUCGAUCAAUUGGACACCGAACGCUCUUUGUUGUACAAUCCGAAAACGGCGGGUUUUUUGAGGAGAGCGAUGAGUAAAUUGGCGAUUUUGAGGAGAAGAGGGAAUAUUUUGGAGAAUGUGAGAAAUGGAGGAGGUGAAGAGGGAAUUGGAAUGGAAUCAUUGAUUGUUGGAAGAAAUACAACGGUUAUUGUUAUGGAACAAAGUCCAGCUGGAAUGCGAAGUGAGUUAUGACGUGGAAAAUACCUGGCAGCAAAAUUGCCACGUCAUAAGGUCACGUCACGUCAAUUGAAAUUCUUUCAUUUCAGAAACGCAAUCCGUCUAUUCUGUAUGCUCUUUCGGCAAUGGUGUAAUGGUUUGCUCAACUCCAGUUUCUCAACGAUUAUUCAGUCCCACUGAUCUUCCUCUCCGAUUUUCCUCAACUCAACCAAUCGAAGAAGAACAUUUCGAACAAAUUGGUCGAUUUCAGGUCGAAAGGUUAGACUAA